UGCCUGCUGGGAGAUGUAGUUCCUGCCUUCCUCUCCCGAGCAGGGCUAUCUGGCGGCGCGUACGGCAGCCGGAGCCAGCCCCGCCGUGCCAAACCCGCCCGCCUCUCUCCCGGGGCUGGGCUGGCAAGAUCAGGGAGGAAACGGGGGGCCGGCGGCGCAGCAGCAGCUUUAACCCAAGGGCCCGGGCCCGAUCCGGCUGCGCAGGACCCCCUUGGCUUGUGGGCCGGAUCCCCCUUCCUGUCUCCGUACGCGCCCCUUGCUUCCCCACGUUUCCCCCACCGACCCGCAUUGGGGGUCUCUCUUUGUCUUCUUGCGCACCCCAAUAUCGGACUGGGGGCGGCGGCGGCGCGGAUCCUGCCACUCCCGCGAGGAGCCGAGCCCACGAAUGGCCGUGGGGGCCGCCUCGCAGGUAAGGAGGCGGCGGCGGAGGCAACGUGCCAGUGCGGUGUGAGGACUCAGCUCUUUAUCUCGCGCCCGAGCACUGGAAAGAGUGGGCAGCGCACGAGAUCACCAUGCGGGAGAAUUAUGGCGCCACAAUUGCUCUGGGAUCCCCAGUCGCCAAACCUGAGAUUGUUGCCCAGAUUGAGGAAGGUGGGCCAGUGCCAGCCAAGGGUCAGGGGGAAGCCGAGCCCAGCGGUGCCAAUGCAGUAGGAUCUGUGCCUCCAGAAAGUGAGAGUGCUGGGAAGAGCGAUCAGCAGCAGGCUAGGGAGGAGCGGAGAGGGAGAGAAGAUCCGAAAGGUCCUGAGAGAGCAGGCGAGUGGCUGAUCCGGACAGUAAAAGUGGAAGCGGAGGACUACUCUGAGUGGCCAGCCGGAUUGAGUGCAGAGGUGCUGCUCUCAGGACUGCCUGUCAGCGGAGUAUGCAAGUCUGAAGGCCAGAAUCCUGGGGAAGAGUACAAUGCCAAUGGAGCCCUCAGCGAGCUGUCGGGCGUGGCACUGCAACAGUGGCAAAUGCUGAGCGAGGAGAAGCCGCUGGGCUGCCCCAAGUGUGAGCAUCCUGGACCCCCACUAUCGAGCAGCCACGGGGACCCCCGGCCACGGCCCUUUGCUUGCUCCCAGUGUGGCAAGGCCUUUGGCAAGAAAGCCCACCUGACCCGGCACGCCCGCGUGCACACCGGAGAGCGCCCAUUUGCCUGCAACCACUGUGGCCGCCGCUUCUCACAGAAGAUCCACCUGGGCUCACACGAGCGGGUGCACACAGGGGAGCGGCCCUUUCCUUGUGACCGCUGCCCCAAGAGCUUCCGCAAGAAGACACACCUGGUGCGCCACCAACUCACCCACACUGGGGAGCGCCCCCACGCCUGCCCACUCUGUACCCGGAGCUUCGUACAUCGACGGCACCUCCUCCGGCACCAACGUCUCCACGAGGAAGGAAGUGUGCCGCACGGGGACCUUUUGGAACCAGGGCAAUUGACAGGGUCCUAUGGAGGUGGCCCCGAACCCAGACUGGACACAGGUCUCUGCCCGGACCAUAGUGAGCCAGGGCAAGUCCCGGCCAUCUCUGUUGAAAUAGGGCAGACCACAACCCCCUGUAGAGAACAGAGUGAGCUGGGGCCAGCGACUGUUUCAUACAGGGAUGAGGCUGAACUGGGGCAAUUUCCCACCUCCUGCAUGGGACACCCGGAGCCAUAUCAGAGCUCUGUCCUUUUUAAGACUCGGGCCGAACAAGAACUAGGAGGGGUCCCUUGCUUGGACCAUACCAGGCAGAGAGACGUUGUGACACCUGGUGUUGUCUAUGCUGAACAAGGGCACUGUGGAUCCCUCUGCGGGGCGCAGGGUGGAGCGGAGGGCAGUACUCCCUGCCUGGACCAAGUCAGCAAGAUUGAACUGGAGGAAGAGGGGGAGGACACCAGUGGGUGCCAGCGGCCUGAAGAGAAGCCGUUUCUCUGCUCCGACUGCGGGAAGGCGUUUGCCUGGAGAAAGAACUUGGCCUCACACCAGCGGCUGCAUGCCGAGGGCGGCCGCCCAUUUUCCUGUGCUGAGUGCGGGAGGGGCUUCAGCGAUAAGCGCCACCUGACGGCUCACCUGCGCGGGCACAUGGGGUUACUGCCGUACGCUUGCCCCCACUGUGAAAGGAGCUUUGCACACCGGGCCGGCCUUGCUGCCCACCAGUGUGGCGGUCACGCCGGGCAGCGCCCCUUUGCUUGUGGUGAAUGUGGCCGCUGCUUUGCUCAUAAGAGGCACCUGCAGAGACACCGGCGCAACCAGCAUUCAGCAGAGCGGCCUUUUUCAUGUGCCCAGUGUGGCCGCAUGUUCAGCACCCGAGCCAGCUUGUUGGCACAUGUCAAAUCUCACACCGGCCAGCGCCCCUUUGCCUGUCCGCUUUGUGGCCGGGCGUUCAGCCGGAAGUCGCACCUGGCACGGCAUGAAGCGGUGCACACGGGCCUGCGCCCUCAUGCCUGCACCCAGUGCCCACGGCGCUUCAGCUCAAAGACCAAUUUGGUGCGGCACCAAGCGGUGCACACCGGCCUACGCCCUUACAUCUGUACUCACUGUGCCCGGAGCUUCAGCCGCAAGACUCACCUCUUGCGCCAUGAGCGUACCCACACCAGCACCCCCCUGCCCAGUGCCACCAGUUGGCCAGCUGCCAUGCCACAGGGCUCCCUUCCCCAGCAGCAAGAGCAACCCCUUAUCUUCCCCAUGGCUUUUGGAUCCACGUGGCAGUGACAAAGUGGCCAUCUCACUUGGCUUUCAGCUAGAGUCAGCUCUGUGUGUACUCUGUUCUUCUGCCCUACAGAAAAUAGAUUCUACACCAAGGAACCCAAUUUUAGCAGUCUGAAAAAACUGCAAAUUAAGCACUUGCUUAUUUUUCAUAAUUCUGAAAGUUACAGCCUUUGGCUAAGAAUAAAAUGAACCAAACUUUGCAUAAUUUAUUUUAUUCUCGCUGAUCAUCUAUACAGGCAAGAAACUCUCUGUGGCACUGAAACUUUCCCUCAUGGUGGCUGGAAUCUUGUUCUCAGCCGCUUGCGUGGCUUCUGAGGUUUCUCCAGACUGUCUACAACAUCCAAGUCUAUCUUCACCUCCAUAAGGGCUAGCGGUUUGGCUUGGCUAGGCUUGGUGUGUGUGUGUGUUGUGAAUGAGAGUUGAGGUCCAGAAGAAUGCCGACCAAAGUAAAUCACGUGCUUUGCAGGGGAUCAUUGAAUACACACAGGCCUGAGUAUACUUAGCUGGCAACUGGCUUGUUGUUGUUAUGUGCCUCCAAGUCAACCACGACUUAUGGCGACCCUAUGAAUCAGCGACCUCCAACUGCAUCUGUCAUGAACCACCCUGUUCAGAUCUUGUAAGUUCAGGUCUGUGGCUUCCUUUAUGAAAUCAAGGCAACUGGCUUAGAUUAGACAAAACAUCUCAAUAUCCCAAUAUUUUCAGUUUUAAAAAGUAAUGGAUUUUUUUGAAAGUGAACAAAUCAUUUUAAUAGCAUCAUAAAGCAAAUGUAAAUUGUGUUUUGUAAUACCUUCUUUGAUGUAAACAAA